AAUAGAAAACAUAACAAAAACAUCCACUUAGAUCAGGAACACGUGAGAAAUACCUGAUUAUAAAUAACGAGCGUGGAAAGCCUGAAGGUCUCGCGAUAGUUUCGAAUGAAUAAAUAAAUGUUACACAACUUGUUCAGUAACAAGCAUGUUGUGAAAGCCCAGUUAGAGAGCAGAGCAACCCGACAAACUCCAUAGGUUAUGUAAUUGCAGUUUUAAGUCCGUUAAAGUGACUAGUUUAUCAACGGUGAUGUCUACUUCCUGGUUUGGCUCGGCCUAAUUUUGUUCCAACAAAAUGCCCGAGGGACCAGAGCUCCACCUGGCCAGCCUUUACGUGAACAAAAUGUGUAAUGGAGUGGUGUUUACUGGACCGGUUAGAAAAUCUCAGGUCAGCAAGAAUCCCGAUGUGCCCUUCACCUGUGAUGCCUAUCGCAUCGCAGCCAGUUCCAGGGGGAAGGAAGUGAAGCUCACACUUACGCCAAUGAAAAGUGAUGAUCCAAAACAGAGAGUGAUGACAGGACAGGCAGACCAGCCCAUGGACGUAGUCUUUCGCUUCGGGAUGUCGGGCUAUUUCCGCUUCACCACAGAGGAGGAGCUGCCCAAACAUGCACAUCUGCGUUUUUAUUCCAAAGAGGAGCCCUGCAGAGUGCUGAGCUUUGUGGAUGCACGCAGGUUUGGCAGCUGGCAGUCCAAUGGGGCGUGGCAGCCUAACAGAGGGCCCUGCAUCAUGUUUGAGUACAAAAGCUUCAGGGAGAACGUUAUGUCGCACCUGUCCGACCGCGCCUUCGACAGGCCCAUCUGUGAAGUUCUGCUCAAUCAGAAUUACUUCAACGGUAUCGGGAACUACCUGAGGGCUGAAAUCCUUUACAGGUUGAACAUCCCACCUUUUGUGUCUGCCAGGAGCGUACUGGAAGGCCUUGAGUCAGAAGAUUUAUGUGAGAAUGAGAAGCCUGUGAAAAAUGAGGGCACAGACAAAAAGACCUCAGACAGAGCUAAAAAGAAAAAGGCGAAAGGGGAGAUGGGUGACCUGCUCAGACUGUGUCAUACAGUACCUCUGGAAGUGGUUAGCCUAGGUGGAAAGGGCUACGAUCCCCAGAAGGCAGACUACUCUGUCUUUGAGGCCUGGCUGAAGUGUUACAACGUGGAUGGAAUGAAAUCUAUCCAGGACCACAAUGGCAGAACUAUGUGGUUCAAAGGAGAACCAGGCCCCAUGGCGCCUAAAUAUUCAAAGUCACCCAAGGCAAAAAAGAGAGCAAAGAAAGAUGACCAUGAUUACACAGACAAGAAAAAGGUGGCCAGGAGUCGCUCCGCAAGCACAACAAAGAAAAAGGUGGUCAAACAGGAAACUGUGACCAAAACGCUAAAGAAAGAAAAGGACGCGCAUCAGAAGGAAGCCGGAUCCAAGAGUAUAAAGACUGAAAAUACCCGGGAAGUACACACGCCUCAGCAUGAAAAGAGAUCAACUGCACGUAGGAGGAAGACCAGCAGUGCUGAGCCAACAGCUGAAGGUCCACAGAGGCGGAGCCGGAGAAUGAUCAGACCGAACGACAAAUAAAAACAAAUGGGAGGAACCACUAUAUGGGUUUUGUUUUUAUACCAAUAAAUAGUGUUUUAAUAAAACAUGUUUCUACAAAA